AUGGUGCUUGGAGCUAAUCCUCCAUUUGCUAUUUUUGAAGGAUUCAUUAAGAGGAUUUGGGGUAAGCUAGGUAUUGAUAGAAUAACGCGAUUGAAUGCUGGGUUUACUCUAGUGAAAUUUAGAGAUGAAGCAACUAGAGAUUUGGUUUUGGAAGCUGGGGUUCUGCAUUUUGAUAGAAAACCAGUGAUAGUGAAGCCUUGGUCUGCUGAUUUAGACACUGUAAAGGCAGUGAAAUCUGUUCCAGUUUGGAUUAGGUUACCGGGGCUUGGACUACAAUAUUGGGAGGAAGUGCCUAAAUCCAUUCAGUUUAUCAAUGAAAAAGGGCAGCUAAUGGAGCAACUAUUGGACUUUGAAUGGAUUCCAACUCAAUGUAAGAGUUGUAGGGUUUAUGGUCAUACUGAGAAUAUGUUUAACAGGAAACAAAGUGAGACCUGGAGGCCGAAAGUCAGAAAUGAUGAGGAUGAGACUAAGCAAGACCCCAAGGAGAAGCAAUCAGUAACAGGGGUUAAAGAUGUUCCUAAUGAAGGUAGUGAUGUUGGUCAAAAGAAGAUAGCCACUAUGGAAGGGUCUGAGUCCCAGGCUUUAUCAAAGCAUCAUGGCACUUUGGCAAAUUCAGAGAAACAAUGUGACAAGAAUGUUAGCGAAUCCAGCGAGAGAUCUCCUUCAGAAUGGACUACCCCUAAAAGGGUGGGGGGAAAUAAGAAGCGAGUUCUGCACUCACAGAACAAACUGAAGAACUCAUAUAGUGCAUUGCAAGAGAAGGUUAUGGAGGUUACAAACAUGGGUACAGCUUCUGAAGGUAGGAUCCUUCUUAUUUGGCAGAGACAGAGUAUCUCUGUUGAGGUUUUGAAGGAAAGUGACCAGUUAGUUCAUGUCCUUAUUAAAGAAGUGAGAUCUAAUAAGCAGUGUUGUGUUACUUUUGUGUAUGGUAGGAAUUCUAUUGAGGAAAGAAGGCAGAUGUGGGAGGAUCUUUCUGUUCUAUGUUUUCCAGCCACUCCUUGGCUUGUGGCUGGUGAUUUUAAUGCGGUUUUUGAGUAUACAGAUAGAGUUGGUGGCCAUACUAUCACUACUAUGGAAUUUAUGGAUGCUCAAAAUUGGAGAGAAUUGGGGUUGGUUGACGAGAUGCGCUCUAAAGGUUCUCAUUUCACUUGGACUAACAAGCAAGCUAAUGAGGACAGAAUCUACUCUAAGCUGGACAGAAUUUUCAUAAAUGAAGCUUGGUUGGAUUUAUUCCCUCAUGCUAAAGCUGUUGUUAACUGGGAGUUAUUUUCUGAUCAUUGUUUCUGUGUUAUUAAAGCAUGA